AUGAAGAAGAGCAACAGGAAGCUUACCAUGAGGAUCAGUGAGCGAGACGCCAUCUGCAUCCCACCCUCGCACGGUCCCGGAGAUCUCAAAAAUAAGUUGGAUGGAGGAGAGUAUGCCCCUUUUGUAUCUCCUCCCAUGUUAGAGGGCAAUUUUAUCCAGGUCAAUAGAAGAGGUGAAUCCAUUUACCUUCAUAACCGAGCCAACUGGGUGGCUGUUGCCAUCUGCUCUUCCAGCCACACCCACAAGACCCCCAACGUGAUGCUGCUAGCACAUCUCACACCCAUGGCCCAGAAGGACAGAGAACCCCGGUUUAAGAGUCUCCUGAGAUCUUCUCCAGAGAAACUGGUGCUCACCAGGUUUCUCCCUCUGCAGUUUGUGACUUUGUCUGUGCACGAUGCUGAGAAAAUGCGCCUCAAAGUGAAGCUGGCAAGUGGUCGAGCCUACUACCUCCAGCUCUGCGCCCCCGCAUGCAAACAGGACGCCUUGUUUUCUCAGUGGAUAGAGCUCAUCGCCCUCUUGAACCAGGAGAAAGCCAAAGUUUCCAGAGUGUCGGAAGUCUCGAGCCUCUCGGAACUCACAAAUAGCACAGACAUCACGGGCUCGAUGGACAUCAUGGAUAUCGCAGAAUUCACGGCUGUACAGACUUCCCAUCCGUACAUGUAUUCAGACCAUGUGUACGGCCUGGAGAGCACUGAUUUCUCAGAAUUAACAGUCAUCACCGACGUCACGGAUGUCACGGAUGUUCCAGAGCAGGAGGUCACUGAGGCCCCAGAUGUAAACAUUUUCACAGAAGUCACAGAAGUCACAGACCUCCAUGACGGCACAAACAGCUCGGGGGUCAGAGUGGUAUUUGAAAAUGAUGACAUACUAAGGGCCAAGCAGGAGGAAAAGGAAAAACUGGAAAAAUGUCUGAAGCCUGGGUGUCUACGAGAUACAAAGAGUAAGAAUGAGCUCAAAGAAUUCUCGAAACACGUCACCAUCUCAAACGUAACACUGACUUUCGAAGGUGAAAGAUGUUUCCAAACGACCUUGACGCCAGUAGAGAGUGAGCCAGAUGCCUGCGAAGAGAAGAAUGACAGGACCUCGGAAAUAAGCACGGCUCUCAAGGCUGGAGAAUCCAGGAGCAUGAGGACUGAUUCAAACACUUCAGAUACAUACAAACUACUAAACUAAAAAACAAGCACAGCUCAAGAAAUAACAGCCAACACAAGGAAAAAAACAAAGCGGUGUCUUCCAUGUGGCAGAAAUAAAGGCUACCACUAACCAUUAAGCACUUAAAUCUAUGUCAAUCUCAUUUCUUAAACCUUAAUUACUAUGGAUUAUCAAUUUUAAAGGAAGAUAGAGGCAUAUACAUAACUGUAAGAUUUUUUAUUCAUAAACUCAAUUUUCAUCUAUAGGGCUUCUUUGGGGUUACUGGAAAAGUUUGUUAUUCUCUUUGGUUUUACCUUUCUCAUUUGGACAUUCACCCAACACUACGUUGUGGCUAACAUUGGGCCUGUGGCAGCCUUGAAGGAGGAGCCAUGUUCUUUCCAUCUUUGUGUUCUAGCUGCGCACCUGGCCUGAGAGACAGUAUUUAUGGAAUCCAACGCCAUUUCAGAGUUUUUUAUUUUUUUUAAUUUCCAUACUUUUAAAAAUAAAGAAACUACAGGCAGUCUCCAUCCAAAAAAAUAGUUUGAAUUUUUAAUAGCCACCACUUACUCAUUUUCAAAAAGCUGCCAGUAAUCUAUAAUAUGCUUUGCAAGCAUUCUCCAUCUUCACAGUAAUCUGAGGAUAUUGCUACUUUCCUGUUUCACAGACAGAUGGCCAAAAUGAAGCUUAGCAAGGUUAAGUUGCUUGUUCAAAGUCAUACAGCUAAAAUAUAUACAUUCAAGAGCACGGUGGCUGCAGUAUUGAGAAGAUAUCAGUGCAGAAGAGCCUAUUAGCGUGGUAGCAGUGGGGUGGGUAGAAGUGGUUAGAUUCUGGAUACGAAGGUAGAAAUGAGAGGAUUUCCCACUGGAUUGCAUCUACAGUAGAAAGAAAGCCUCACCAACUGGAAUAGUGAGGUCACCAUAUAUUGAAAUGAAGAAACCUAGAUAAACAUAAAAAGUUAUGGCAUGUUCAAUGUGUAAUAAUCAUUAGAAAAUCAGAUUGAGGUGUUGAGCCUAAUAGUUGAAUAUAUGAUUCUGGAGUUAUGACAGAGGUUUAGGCUAGAGACAAACUUAGAGUUGACAGUGUAUAAACAGAAUUUAAAGCAACCGAGACCAGAUGCAAUCACAUAGGUAGCGAGUGAUAAAGAACAUGAUAAGAACAAGUACAAAGAAUUAGUGUAUACAGUGCCUGGCAUUUUUUAAGCGCUUUACAUAAAUAGAUUCAUUUGGUCUUCACAACCACUAAAAGAGGUAGCUACUUCUAUUAUCAUCAAUUUAUAGGUAA